AUGAACGGAACAAGUCCAACCUCGCGCUCUAAGCGCAAAGCUUCCUUCUCUCGCGAUGAACGACCCCAUAAGCAAUUUCGACAUAUGAACGGCAAGAUGUCUCCGAGCGAGAAUACCCCCGACGCUGAGCUGCCAGCCUUCUUGGAAGAGAACGAGCUAGCUACAGAUGAAGAGCUAGCAUCUGUUAUCUAUCCUCAAACCGCCCCCGAUACCGCCGAAUGGCAAGCUACUAUAGAGAAUGUUGUUAAGAAUGUUGUCUCUAUUAGAUUCUGCCAGACUUGCUCUUUCGAUACAGAUGCUGCCUGCGCAAGCGAAGCAACUGGCUUCGUCGUUGAUGCCGAGAAAGGUUAUAUCCUAACUAACAGACAUGUUGUUGGUGCUGGUCCUUUCUGGGGUUAUGUCGUGUUUGACAACCAUGAAGAAGUGGAUGCAUAUCCCGUCUACCGAGAUCCUGUUCACGAUUUCGGUAUCCUACGCUUUGAUCCCAAAGCUAUCAAUUAUAUGCCAGUAGCCGCUCUACCCAUCCGCCCAGAUCUGGCAAAAGUCGGAAUAGAAAUCAGAGUUGUUGGAAAUGAUGCUGGAGAAAAGCUUAGUAUCCUCUCGGGUGUCAUCAGUCGACUUGACCGUAACGCUCCUGAAUAUGGCGAGGGCUACAGUGACUUCAACACCAACUAUUACCAAGCAAACGCUGCUGCUAGUGGUGGCAGUUCUGGUAGUCCUGUCGUCAAUAUUGAUGGGUUUGCCAUAGCCUUACAAGCUGGCGGAAGAUCUGAUGGCGCAUCCACCGAUUAUUUCCUCCCCCUAGAUCGGCCCCUGAGAGCCCUUCGCUGUAUACAAGAAGGUAGACCAGUCGAACGAGGCACGAUCCAGUGCCAGUUUCUAAUGAAACCCUUUGAUGAAUGUCGCCGCCUAGGCCUGACGCCGGAGUGGGAAAAGGCAGUUCGUGAAGCUUUCCCCAAGGAAACCAACAUGCUUGUAGCUGAGAUCAUCCUUCCCGAAGGCCCAUCACAUCAGAAAAUCGAGGAGGGAGAUGUGCUCCUCAAAGUUAAUGGCGAGAUGAUUACACAGUUUAUUCGGCUAGAUGAUAUACUAGACUCGAACGUGGGCAAACCCAUCCGGGUUACUCUUCAGAGGGGAGGCGAAGACGUCGACAUUGACAUUGAGGUUGGAGAUCUUCAUGCCAUCACGCCUGACCGUUUCGCCACUGUCUCGGGAGCGAGUGUGCACAACCUAUCCUACCAGCAGGCCCGCCUUUAUGGCGUUCCCAUCCACGGCGGAGGUGUUUUCGUAUGCGAGUCAACUGGGUCGUUUCGCUUUGAUAGUGCAGAUAACGGCUGGAUGAUCCAAAGCGUCGACCAGAAGAAGACUCCUGACCUAGAUGCCUUCAUUGACGUCGUGAAGGAGAUCCCAGACAAGAAGCGCGUUGUGGUUACUUACAAACACCUCCGAGAUCUUCAUACCCUCAACACCACCAUCAUUAAUGUGGAUCGGCAUUGGUCAGCCAAGAUGCGACUAGCAGUACGAAAUGAUGUGACCGGUGUAUGGGACUUCUCGGAUAUUGCUGAUGCAUUGCCCCCUUUGCCCCCCGUGCGUCGUAAGGGUGCUUUCAUCCAGCUAGAGCAUACUUCUCACCCUGCCGUGGCUGAUUUGGUCCGCAGCUUUGUGCGCGUAGGCUGUACGAUGCCUCUCAAGCUGGAUGGAUUUCCUAGAAACAGGAAAUGGGGCAUGGGACUAGUUAUUGAUGCCGAGAAGGGUUUGGUGAUCAUCUCUCGAGCCGUCAUCCCUUAUGACUUGUGCGAUGUAUGGAUUACCAUUGCCGAUUCGAUCAUGGUAGAGGGUAAAGUGGUCUUCAUGCACCCACUCCAAAAUUAUGCCAUCAUCAAAUACGACCCGACGCUUGUUGAUGCGCCGGUACUAAGCGCCAAGUUCAGCAAAGACAGUAUUACGCAAGGCGCUUCGACUACUUUCAUUGGAUAUAACAGGAGUGGCCGUAUUGUGCAUGCUGCCACCACAGUCACCGAGAUGACUACCGUUGCCAUUCCUGCCAAUUCUGGUGCACCGCGAUAUCGGGCUACCAACGUUGAUGCGAUCACAGUAGAUACCAGUCUCAGUGGGCAGUGUGGAAGCGGAGUUCUCGUUGAUAAGGAUGGUACGGUCCAAGCCCUGUGGCUUACCUAUCUUGGUGAGAGAUCCUCUGGUUCAAGGGACGAGGAGUAUCACCUCGGCCUUGCAACACCGACAUUACUUCCUGUUAUAUCAGAGAUCCAGCAAGGUCGGGACCCGAAGCUGCGUAUGCUGCCGGUGGAGUUCCGAGCCAUUGCCAUGUCCCAGGCCCGCGUUAUGGGUGUCUCGGAGGAUUGGAUACACAAAGUGUUCGAUGCCAACAAGCAUAACCAUCAGCUAUUCAUGGUCUCCAAGUGUACAUUCGAGCGCAAUAACGGCCCAACCGUUUUGCUCGAGGGCGAUAUCAUCUUGACCCUCAAUGGAAACAUCAUCACCCGCGUGUCCGAGUUAGAUGUCAUGUACUCUCACGAAAUUCUUGACGCUGUCAUUGUCCGAGAGAGCAACGAGAUGCAAUUGCAAGUCCCAACUUCGCCAAUAGACAACGUGGAAACCACUCACGCUAUUUCUUUCUGUGGAGCGGUACUUCAUGUUCCUCACCUCGCGGUUAGACAGCAGAUCAGCAAAUUGCCCAGUGAAGUCUACGUAUCUGCUAGAAGUAGAGGUUCACCGGCUUACCAGUACGGCCUUGCGCCCACCAACUUCAUUACCCAUGUCAACGGCGAGCCAACACCGGAUCUCAAGGCGUUCUUAGAAAGCGUGGUUAAGGUCCCAGAUAACACUUAUUUCCGGCUAAGAGCUCUCACAUUUGACAACCAACCGUGGGUCAUAACGAUGAAGAAGAAUGAGCACUAUUUCCCGACAAUGGAAUGGAUCAAGGACGGGUCCGAACCGUGUGGCUGGCGGCGUAUCACGUACGAGAGCGGCAAAGCUGUCGAGGGUGAGCCGACGGAUGGUAUCUUACCUGUACAGGACAGGGAGGAUGUCGAGGAUAUAGACGACGACGGUGGGAUUUAG